AUGCCAGAGACCCAGAGCUCCCGCCAGGACCCCCGGCGACGGAAGAAGAAGCAGCCGGUGUGCCGCACGGUCAGCCAGAUCUGCCCGCCCCCGCGGCGGCCCCUGACCGUGGCCGACAUCCGACCCGGCAUGGAGAACGAGAGGCUGGGAGUCGUGCGGGAUUCCAUGUUUCAGAAUCCGCUCAUCGUCAAGGCUGAACUCGGGAAGCCCCGAGAAAGAAGCUGCAGUCUGCCUGGGAUUGAUUUUAAUUAUGGACUCUACACCCGGGGGCUGGAUGGAGGGGUCCCCGAAGCCAUCGGACACUGGAAUGUGUUUAAGCAGCAGCCCACCUGCCCCCACGAGCUGACCCGGAACUACAUCGCCAUGAACCGCGGGGCAGUGAAAGCCGGCCUGGUAACUGCUCGGGAGAAUUUCCUCUACCGUCAGCUCAACGACAUUCGUAUCAGUGACCAGGAUGACCGGCGUGUCAAGAGGGAACUGCCCCCUCUCCCACCAAAUAUGACGUUUGGGACCCCGGCACG